CUUUCUCAGAAGCUGCACAUACAGAUGAGAAGAGCAGUUAUGAGUUUAACUGCAGCAGCAAGUGGAUUUCUUGUCCUCCUCUCUGUGUCAGCGGUACUGGGUCAGACUGGUUGGUCAGUGACUUACACUUCCACUCACAUCUGCGCCUUGAAAGGCUCAACAGUGGACAUACGCUGCAGCUACAGUUAUCCACCCAUAAUAAACAAUGUUCAUAACACAGCUCAGGAAAGAGUUUGGUUUAUUAAAGAUGGUCAUAAAAGUGUUCUGGAUGUAAAUAAUAACCCAGCCUACACAGAUAGAGUUGAAUACAUCUUUGAUGAGAACGACUGCACUCUCAGGAUCACAGACCUGAGAGAGAGAGACUCAGCUGAAUACGAGUUCAGAUUCACAACAAACCAACCAGGUGGAAGUUUUACUGGUUCACCUGGAGUCAAUCUGUCUGUCACAGACCUCAAAGUGCAGGUGAAAAGAUCAUCAGCCCUUACUGAGCUGCAGUGUCACAGCAGCUGUGACAUAACUGGUCCUCCCUUGUAUGUUUGGUACCAUAAUGGACAGAAAUUAAAGGAAGAAACAUCUUCUCUGAGAGUCUCUGUUAGAGAUGAUGACAGCAGCUAUUCCUGUGCUGUUAAAGGACAUGAGGGUUACCGCUCUGCUGCAGUGUAUGCUCCAAGGUUUUCUUCAGUGUGGGUGAGCCCUUCUACUGAAAUCAGGGACAGCAGUUCAGUGACUCUGACCUGUAGCAGUGAUGCUAACCCACCAGCUCAAUACUCCUGGUACAAGAAGAACACUCAAACAGCUCUUAGUAACGAAUGGCAGCUCUCCUUCAGUUCCAUCCAAACCUCUGACUCUGGAGAGUAUUACUGUACAGCUGAGAAUGAGCUUGGCAGAAGGAUAUCUGAAUCCAUCUGUAUUGAUGUGAAGUAUACUCCUAAAGCUGUUAUUGUGUCAGCAAGUCCCAAUGUCAGUGAAAUCAAUGAGGGUGGUUCAGUGACUCUGACCUGUAGCAGUGAUGCUAAUCCACCAGCUACUCACACCUGGUACAAGAAGAACGGCCAAAGACACCCGAUUAAAAAGCUCAUCUUCAGCUCCAUCCAGUCCUCUGAUUCUGGAGAGUAUUACUGUAGAGCUGCAAACACAUUAGGGUGGAGGACAUCCGAAUCCAUCUCCAUUGAUGUAAAAUAUGCUCCAAAAGUUGUUACUACGUCAGUGAGUCCCACUGAUGAAAUCAAGGAGGGCACUUCAGUGACUCUGACCUGUAGCAGUGAAGCUAACCCAGCAGCUAAUUACAUCUGGUACAAGGAGAAUGGCCAAAGAUAUCUCAGUAAAGAGCUUGUCUUCAGCUCCAUCCAAGCCUCUGAUUCUGGACAGUACUACUGCAUAGCUAAAAAUAAACUGGGUUUGAUGACACCUAAAUCCAUCUCUAUUGAUGUGAAAUAUGCUCCCAAAGUUGUUAUAGUGUCUGUGAGUCCCACUGGUGAAAUCAAAGAGGGGACUUCUGUGACUCUGACCUGUAGCAGUGAUGCUAACCCACCAGCUACUCUCACCUGGUACAAGGAGAAUGGCCGAAGAUAUCUCAGUAAAGAGCUUGUCUUGAGCUCCAUCCAGUCCUCUCACUCUGGAGAAUAUUACUGUACAGCUGUAAACAAAGUGGGGUGGAGGACAUCUGAAUCUAUCUUUAUUGACGUGAAGUAUGCUCCAAGGUUUCUGUCAGUGUGGGUGAGCCCUCCUAAUGAAAUCAGGGAGGGUGGAUCAGCAACUCUGACCUGUAGCAGUGAUGCAAAUCCAGCAGCUCAAUACUCCUGGUACAAGAAGAAUGGUCAAACACCUCUCAGUAAUGAAUGGCAGCUCUCCUUCAGCUCCACCCAGCCCUCUGACUCUGGACAGUAUUAUUGUACAGCCGAGAACAAAAUCGGGAAGAAAACAUCUAAAAACAUCUCUGUUGAUGUGAAAUAUGCUCCAAAGCUUCCCUCUGUGUCAGUGAGUCCCUCUGCUGAGAUAGUGGAGGGCUGUUCAGUGACUCUGACCUGUAGCAGUGAUGCUAAACCAGCAGCUACAUACACCUGGUACAAGAAUCAAACACAGCUUAGUAAAGAACCACAGCUGUCCUUCAGCUCCAUCCAGCCCUCUGACUCUGGAGAGUAUUACUGUAUAACUGAGAACAAGCUGGGGACAUCAACACCUGAAUACAUCUCCCUUGAUGUGAAAUCUGCUCCAAAGCCUCCCUCUGUGUCAGUGAGUCCCUCUGCUGAGAUAGUGGAGGGCAGUUCAGUGACUCUGAUGUGCACCAGUAACAAUAACUCAGCAGCUAAUUACACCUGGUACAAGAAGAACAAUGAAACACAACUUAGUAAAGAACCGCAACUCACCCUUAGCUCCAUCCAGCCCUCUGACUCUGGAGAGUAUUACUGUACAGCUGAGAAUGAGCUGGGGAGGAGGACAUCCACAUUCGUCUUUAUUGGAGUAAAAUAUGCUCCAAAGCUUCCCUCUGUGUCAGUGAGUCCCUCUGCUGAGAUAGUGGAGGGCAGUUCAGUCACUCUGACCUGUAACAGUGACGCUAACCCAGCAGCUAAAUACACUUGGUACAAGAAUCAAACACAGCUUAGUAAAGAACCACAGCUCACCUUCAGCUCCAUCCAGCCCUCUGACUCUGGAGAGUAUUACUGUAUAGCUGAGAACAAGCUGGGAACGUCAACACCUGAAUACAUCUCUCUUGGUGUGAAAUAUGCUCCAAAGCUUCCCUCUGUGUCAGUGAGUCCCUCUGCUGAGAUAGUGGAGGGCAGUUCAGUGACUCUGACUUGUAGCAGUGAUGCUAACCCUGCAGCCACUUACUCCUGGUACAAAAGGAACAAUCAAACACCUGUCAGUAAAUAUUCACAGCUGACCUUCAGCUCCAUUUGGCCCUCUGACUCUGGGAAGUAUUACUGUACAGCUGAGAACAAGCUGGGAACAUCAGCACCUAAAUACAUCUCUGUUAAUGUGACAUAUGCUCCAAAGCUUCCCUCUGUGUCAGUGAGUCCCUCUGCUGAGAUAGUGGAGGGCAGUUCAGUGACUCUGACCUGUAGCAGUGAUGCUAACCCAGCAGCUAAUUACUCCUGGUACAAGAAGAAUGGUCAAAAACCUCUGAGUAAUGAACGGCAGCUCUCCUUCAGCUCCAUCCAGCCCUCUGACUCUGGAGAGUAUUACUGUACAGCUGAGAAUGAGCUGGGGAGAAGCACAUCCACUUUCGUCUUUAUUGGAGUAAAAUAUGCUCCAAAGCUUCCCUCUGUGUCAGUGAGUCCCUCUGCUGAGAUAGUGGAGGGCAGUUCAGUGACUCUGACCUGUAGCAGUGAUGCUAACCCAGCAGCCACUUACUCCUGGUACAAAAGGAACAAUCAAACACCUGUCAGUAAAUAUUCACAGCUGUCCUUCAGCUCCAUUUGGCCCUCUGACUCUGGGAAGUAUUACUGUACAGCUGAGAACAAGCUGGGAACAUCAGCACCUAAAUACAUCUCUGUUAAUGUGACAUAUGCUCCAAAGCUUCCCUCUGUGUCAGUGAGUCCCUCUGCUGAGAUAGUGGAGGGCAGUUCAGUGACUCUGACCUGUAGCAGUGAUGCUAACCCAGCAGCUAAUUACACCUGGUACAAGGAGGAUGAAGACUCACCUAAAGCAUCUGGACAGAGCUUCACCAUCACUGACUUCAGAUCUGAGCACAGUGGGAGUUAUUUUUGUGAAGUGCAGAACACCAGAGGACGUCACAACUCCACCUUAAAGCUGAAAGCUGUAGCAGGAACAUGGACAAUGGUAUCUCUUAUGGUUCCUGCUAUUCUCCUCAUUAUUCUUCUGGCUCUCGUACUCAUCUUUCUGAUCCUGUGGUUCAUAGCCUCCAAGCAGCAGAUUCCUGAGCCUGUAGAGAGACCAGAUGACAGUGAAGAGCUAUGGCCAACAGAGGAUGACAUUGUCUAUGCUAGUGUCCACUUUUCCAAACAUCAGGCAGAUCAUGUUUACACCCAAAUUAGACCAUCUCUGACCAAAAGUCACAGGAAGGAAAAGGAGGAAGAAGCAGAGAUGCUCACAUUUAGGAGUGCAAGUACCACACCAGGGCAGAUAUCACAACAAAUUAAUAUGGAGUUGAGCAACAUCAAUCACCAGCUUCCUGGAUAAUCAUACCAAUCAUUGUUUCUACUUGAGUCCGAAGUAACCAGAACCUUAAAACCCACAUCUCUGUGAUGUGCUGACCACCCCCUCAAUUUCCAUACAUUAUAGAUAUUGCUGGUAUAUUAUGCUGCAUUUGUGUUUUGGAGUACACAAAAAUGACAACAAUAAUAAUAAUAUUUUAUUUUGCAUAGAAUCAGAGAACUUUGGUGAAGCAGCCAAAGCCACCUCUUGGUUCAUGGGGUACAAAUUGUAUUUCUGCAAAACUAUCUUUACCUUAUCCUGUCAACUCUAAAUGCAGAAUACUAU